AUGGCAGACCGUCCACGCAGGGACCGAGGGGAUAGAGAUAGGGUCGGACCUACAGCUCAGCCGCAAUCCGCGGUUCCCCGCGAGAGACGACGACGGCGCCCCGCUGAUUCGAAUCCAAGCAGAGCAUAUGAUGGAGCGCAGAUCCCGGUUGAUUUGCGCUCGAUGAACUCAAUGAACUCAAGAUACAGCCUCAAUGAGCAAUUCGCCUCGUCAAGGCAGGAGUUUGAGUUCGGUGAUGACGACGAGGAUGAAUCCGAUUCUACAGAACCUACACCGAACAUCCCACCUGCCCCUACCGCUGCCGCCACGCCAGAAGAUGACGAGGGUGAAUCUGAUUCUGAGGAACCUACGCCAGACACCCCGCCUAUCCCUACUGCUGCUACCGCCGGCCCAGAAGAGGACUCUUUCGAGGACAUUUCAGACGCUGAAAUACGCCAGCUUCUGCAAGCUAAUAAGGACGAGUUCGUGGAUCACUAUACUCUCCUGGGGCUUUCAAGGGACCCGCCUCCCACGGCCACGCAAGUAAAGGCUGCAUAUCACAGACUGUCCCUUGCAUUCCACCCCGACAAACAACCACACCAUCUCAAGGGUUCCGCUGAAAGACACUUUGCGCGUCUAAGGCUCGCAUAUGAGACAUUAUCGGAGCCAAGGAAGAGAGUGAUUUAUGACAUUGAAGGAGAAGAGGGGGUUCGAAAUGAGUAUGGAGAAGGCGGGGCAAUGGGGCGUGGUGGCGAGUCAAAGAAGCAGCUUUCAUCCGUUAAGGCCAUGAGUGCGGAAGAAUUCAAAGCAUGGUUCCUUGGGGUUUUGCACCGGAGAGAGCGACGCGCGAUUGAGGCUCUUAUUGAUCACCACUCGAAUUUCAAGAUCGGUCUCAAUGCGUCCGACAAUUUCGUGAAGCAGACCAGGGUCGUUCUCAGUGGUAACGUGGAGAUUCCACUGCCUAACCAACUUCUCCGAGUCGAUGAGAUUGGUUUCGAGUCCUCAUUUACACUUCCACUGCCAAAACUCGGUCGGCUCUUUGAGAUACCAGUACGGCAGUUAUUCCAAGACCGAUUAGUGCCUCUAAAUGAAGACGAUGAUGAAACAGAGCCUAAUGACUGGGCCGAUACGUUGAGCCCUUCUGUUCCAAAGUUGACCAUUACAGGUGGUGUCUCCGGAGAAGUUCAAGAUAUUGUCGCUGUAUUGCCUCGGGGCGAUACUUCGCUCCCACCAUACUUUAAUCGUCACUACGCUAUAGUUUCUCAACAGAUCGGGUUUGGCAUCGCCUUGCAUCAUGCUUUCCCAGAGCUUCUAGGCAGUGGUAACAGCAACUCCAUCGCGUCCCUGCUUCAAGGGACGGGCUUUCGUCUGGAAACUAGCAUGCUUCCUCACCCAGCUUCGACAACACUUAUCUUAGAAAGGCCGGUGUGUAUCAUACCAGAUACGACCCCUUUCAAUGUCUCCAUCACCACCACAGUAAAAGAUUCUCUUAUUCUUAGGCCACCGGAGAUAUUCGUCAUCAUACAGCGGGCUCUAGGACUACGGGGAAACCCUCGGGGUUAUUUUGUUUGGGCAUCAGGCGAGAAAGAGUGGCCCUCAUCAAUUUCCCAAUCACUUGCAGGUGCUCCACCUUUAAACUUGCCGUAUGCUGUUCGCUGGGUCACUCAAGGCCGUGGCUCUCCUUUGAUGAAGCUCGGUGCCGAUUGGAAUUUCGACGGAGAAGCUGCAGGUGAUAAUGACAAGCCUGGAACAGCCCCGUUCGGCACUAGUGUCUAUGUCCUAGCUCACACCGAAAGCGCCUAUCUCAGUGUGUCUUACUUUUGUAACGUCUUCUCACGAUACGAUGAACCGCCCGUGCGCUCUCGUAUAAGUAACAGCGGUGAGGUCAUACCUCAUACCGCGGGGCUUCAUGUUCGCAAAUCGCGCGGUAUUCUCCUCGAAGUUGAGGCCAAGGUUGGAUUGCCAGCAAUCCUCUCUGCGUCAAUAAGUGGCAAGAGGCGCAUCGGAACAUUCACCUGUGUUGGCUUAAGUGUCGGCGUGGCUCAAAACUUAGGGCUCUAUUGCAGUUUCUCAUGGAGUCGCUUAAAGCAAAACAUCAGCUUUCCGGUGGCUCUGAUUCCCCUCGAAGAUGUUACCACAAGUGCCAUUCUUCUUGCGGUCGGCAUACCCUGGGCGCUCUACACAACUCUGGAAUUUGCGGUCAUUCGCCCUCGCAUACGACGCAAGCGCCGGCGGCUUUUGAAAUCACAGCGCGCAAAGUUGAAGCUGAACAUUGCCAAAAAACGCGAGCAGGCAGAACAGGUUAUGUCGCUCAUGGUACCUUCCGUCGAGCAUCGUCAGGCACAGGCACGGCGCUCCGGCGGGUUGGUAAUAUUAAGUGCAUCGUAUGGCACUAAGGGCAAAGAUGGCGUCCUGGUGGAUGUAACAACCGCCCUCGCAUCGCUCGUGGAUGCUGAUCAGCUCAACAUCCCUCGGAGCGUAGACAGGAAUAAACUCACGGGGUUUUGGGACCCUGCACCACUGUCGAGUAAGGUGCUAGUGGUGAAAUACUUAUUUGGCGGAAAGGAGCACUUUGUGGAAGUGGGGAGUGACCAGUCCCUGAUCAUCCCUAGUCGGGCUCAUGUCAGUACUGUACCAUUGCGGCGGACUCUGUGA